CAAAGUCUGCCAACAUGAGCAGCUCUUGAAGGCAAUCUGCCAAGGAGCGGAAGGCUUUCGUAUGGAUGAAGAGGAGCAGGACUUCCCAGAUGAGGUUGCCAUAGAGGACGAAAGCAUCACAAAGUACCAGACUGUCCCAGAGACCUUAGAGGAGGUGCGUUUCCCGAAGGAUGUCAUCGAGGAGGCCCAACAGGCAUGGAUGUCUUUUACAAUGGCUUCAACGAAAGAAGCAGCAGGUGAAGCGCUUUAUUCUGCGAUCUUCCAUGCAGCCCCCAGCCUGCAAAGUCUUUACAAGAUUCCCAGGCCCACUAUGGCCUUGAGAUUCAUGAACAGUAUCAACGCAGCGGUGGCCAUUGCCCACAGACCUUCUGCACUUAAAGCACAGGCAGAAGCCUUGGGUUUCCAGCACUUCGACAUAGACGUGACACCUAGUCGUGGAGAUAUAUUCCGAGAAGCUAUCCUGGAAGUCCUCGACAUGGAAUUGGGUUCUCGUUUUACAACGAGGGCUAGGAUGGCAAUCGGGGCCAUCCUAAACUAUUUGAUUGGGGCCAACAUCUUCGUACGCCGUGAAUAUGCGGGAAGGAUACAUCUCCUCCAGGAUAGCUGGAACAUGGCCAACCAACAGGCUCUCAGUGCCGUCGAAAUGGCAGAGCAAGAGGAUGCGCUCUUCGAGGAUUCAGAACGUUUGGAUGAAAAGCGCACUGCCAGUCCAAAGACGACGGAUGUGCAGGUUCCGACGAGUUUUACUGAAAUGUUCCAUUUCAACGCAGCUGUGAUGGGCUUCAACAGCAAUUGGAUGAAUUCAGUGCUUUACUCACUGAAUGAUUUGGUGGCAAAUGCUGCAGCCUCCUAUCGACUCAACGAGGAGUGCUCCGUGCUUUCCUUGGUUCUUGCUCAGCAGACCCAACCGGCUGUUUUAAGCGAGUUCAAAGCAGUGAUGUUGGCUUCCCUGCGUUCAUUGGUGGCAAAGGAGUGGGGCUCUCAACACGAGCUUGCUUGGAACUGGUUCUGGGAGAAUGUGACACGCCUCCUCAAAGCUGAGAAUUUCAAGCCACAGGUUCAACUGAAGGCGCUGGAGGAAUUCUUGACCAAGCUCAGCCCAACUGAACUCAGCUCUCUGUAUCGAAGUGUCUACAAAAAGUUUUUUGCACUUGCACCAUCAGGCCAGGAUUUCUUGAAACAGUCUUCUGCACGGCUGGACUACAUAGUGGAUCAGAUUCUGUCAAUGACCGUGGAUAUAUACAGAGAACCUCGCGAUAUGGUCAGAAAGAUUUCAGCAAUUGGACUCAGGCAUGUGGGCUACGCGGUUCCGACGGAGCUCUUCCCUCCCUACGUGACUGCCAGCAUUGAAGUGGUCCGCACAAUGACCACCGACGAGGCGGCUGAAACGGCCUUCAGAUGGUCUCUCACCUUGAUCUCCAAAAUCUUGGUGCGCAGCAUCAACGAAGGCUCCACAGUUGUGAUGAAAGCUGUGAACACCAAUCAGGAGAAGGCACUGCGAAGGGCUGUUUCUAUGGCUCCACGCGGGAAACGAAACAUGGCGAUGCUCAAUGUGGCAGUUGGCACUGAGUCAAUCUCACCUUUGUACUGGGCCAUCGAGACCGGAAGCCACCGCGUUGCCAAGGCCAUGAUUAUCGACUUGCUCACCAUCAGAGCUGAUCGGGAUCACUACUACUACGGCAAUGAAGCGCUGUUCACACGUCAUCCGGAUAUCAUCCACAAACUUUGCGUGGAUGCCCCACCUCUUCUGUGGCCUUUACUGGAUGGUCUCAUUUGGCGAUCUCGCUUAGUGUCACAAGGCAUGCGCCGAGUCAACUACUACAUCCAGCAUUUGGUGCAAGAUGCAGAGGGCAACAUGAACAAGGCGCUUGAGUGGAUGGCUGGUGCCCAAGAUCCAAAGUUGAUCGCGCAUCCCAUCGUAGAAGUCUUCUCAGAUCUCAUGUGGGGCGAUCUCGUGAGUUACCGCGUCUUUGCACGGAAACUCUACCUCUUCUUCUCCCUGAUCAUCUUCAUAUUGGGUCAUGGCUUGUACAUGAAAUAUAGCGAGCUGCUCGAGCUCACAGACAUGGAGCGUGUCUUCAUCUUCGUUUGCCGCUCUUUCAACUAUUUGGGUGGAAUGUUGCAGCUGCUGAUUCGCUUUGUCUUGCUUUGCGUGGCAGACAUCCGGGGCGGCCAAAUCGUCAGGAUCUACAGAGUACCCCUACCACGCUUUAUUUGCAGUAUGAAGGAGAUUUGCUUUCUAUUCUUGGCUGUGUUAUUGAUCUGCAUGUGCUCGCUGGAGCCACUGUUAUGGUGCCUUGACAACAUGUACGGCGACUUCCCAGGGUCCGGGCUCUUCACAACUACGUGUCCAGAGGCAGCAGCCAAUCAUGAUGCCUAUGUGCUGAUAUCAGGAGCUGCUCUAAUGCUCUACUGGCUCCUGAUGAUUGACGUCUCCAUUUUCUCAAUGCGAGCAUCUGCGUUUUCGCUGGUUUGCUUCCAGGUCUUGGUUGAGUUUUGGCUUUACUUGCUUGGGUUGCUUUUCUUGAUCAUCGCCUUUGCAACAUCGCUGAGUGCGCUAAAGCACGAGAUUCCUGCUGUCACAGGCAUCAAUGCAGCAGCUUUGACCUUGCUGAGAGUGUCUAUAAACCUCUACUCAGCAGAGGAAUUCAGCGAACUUGAGGCUUCAGUUUGGGUCUUCAUGGUCUCGUGCAUUUUUCUGAUCUUGACCUCAGUGUUUCUUCUGCAUCUUCUUGUGGCCCAAGUGAGCGAAGCAUAUGCUGCAAUUGUCACAGACAUGUACGGCUACGCCCGGCUCAACCGCGCAGCUGUCACAGUGUCUGUCAUCAAGACGAUCUGUCCCAAACGUUGGAAUCGCUUUCUCGGCUCUCUGUGCUUUGAGCAGCCUUUGGAGUUCAACGAGGGUGAUAUUGGUUUGGCAGGCGGUAUCGCCAUCACGGAGCCUGCAAGCGUAAAUCCUACAUCUGUGGAUCAGAUCAAGCGAUACGGCGGCACAACAUCAUCUGAGAAGCCUUGGCCGGAAGAACCAGAAGCAGUGACAGACGAGGACAAGUUUCUUCGGUUGGAAAAACUGAUCAUGGGCCGCAUGGGCCGCAUGGGCGGUCAAAGAUCUAGGAGGCAUCGUGGCAGCGGAUCCAACGCCUCCAGCCACAGCAGCCACAGUGGUGGCAGUCAGAAUGAGCCUGACUCCGCUGACUCUCAGCAACAGGCUGAGUGAGACGCGCACCAAUAGCAGAGCUGCCAUGACAAUCCAUGACAUACAGUACUUAUUUUAUCUUAUUUUAUGUUUUAAAG